UUGGAGCGAACUGGAGCGUCUCCGCGAGGCGGCCACAAAAGUCCCUGGCUGCUCCAGGACUGAGUCAGAAUCCCUGGCUGCAGCCCACCCAGCCCCCUCCGCUGCAGGCUUCAGCCGGACCGGGCGGGCUGCGCGGCGCUUUCCGGAGCUCCUGGGACUCCACGGGCUGGGGCUGGAUUGUUUGUUGUAUGCUCGUUUCAACUCCAGCUUAACACCCCGCACCCCGGGCUGCCUGCAGUGAGGGGGGCAGGCGCUGGAUUUCCCCAGGACAGAGGCGCUCACCCGCACAGGCGCUCCCUGCCCUGCCCCGCAGGAUGCCUGGACCCCAGUGGAAGGCCAAGCGGAGUUGGUUUAAAGUGCUGGUGGGUUUGAUAGCAGUGGCCUUGGCUUAUUCCUACAACGUGGACCUGGAUCACCCGGUGGUCUACCAGGGGCCCAAUGGCUCCUUCUUUGGAUACUCGGUGCUGGAGCAUUACUACGAUAAUACCCGCUGGGUCCUGGUCGGUGCUCCAAAGGCAGAUUCUAAAUACAGCACCUCUGUUAAGUCCCCAGGAGCUGUCUUUAAAUGUCGAGUGCACACCAAUCCUGAGAGGAGGUGCACAGAGCUGGAUAUGGGUCGAGGCAAUACUCGGGGCACGCUCUGUGGAAAGACCUGUAAGGAGGAUAGAGAUGAUGAAUGGAUGGGCGUAAGCCUGGCUAGGCAGCCCAAGGCUGACGGAAGUGUGCUGGCCUGUGCCCAUCGCUGGAAAAACAUCUACUAUGAGACAGAGUACGUCCUCCCCCAUGGUUUCUGCAAUAUCAUCCCACCCAACCUCCAUUCCAAUGGUCGAAAAUUAUUGCCCUGCUAUGAAGAGUAUAAGAAGAAAUACGGGGAAGAGCAUGGCUCGUGUCAGGCUGGAAUAGCGGGCUUCUUCACUGAGGAGCUGGUCAUCAUGGGAGCACCAGGGUCUUUUUACUGGACGGGAACUAUCAAAGUGUUGAACCUCACUGACAACACCUAUUUCAAACUGAAUGAUGAUGCUGUGAUAGCCAGGCGGUACACAUACUUAGGAUACGCAGUGACAGCAGGUCACUUCUCCCAGCCAACUACCACGGACGUCGCAGGAGGAGCUCCCCAGGAUGGAGGCAUCGGAAAGGUUUAUAUUUUCAGAACAGACAGGCGAUCAGGCUCCUUAAUAAAGAUUUUUCAGGCAUCAGGUAAAAAGAUGGGCUCUUACUUUGGCUCCUCCUUAUGUGCAGUUGAUCUGAACUCGGAUGGACUUUCAGACCUGCUGGUUGGAGCACCCAUGUUUUCUGAGAUCAGGGAUGAGGGUCAAGUCACAGUCUAUAUCAACAGAGGAAAUGGAGUCCUGGAAGAGCAGCUUGUUCUGAACGGCGACAAUGCCUACAAUGCACACUUUGGGGAAAGUAUGGCCUCCCUAGGAGAUAUUGAUGAUGAUGGAUACUCAGAUGUUGCCAUUGGGUCCCCAAAGGAGGAUGACUACGUAGGAGCGGUGUAUAUCUACCAUGGAGACGCAGGUGGCAUUGUUCCACAGUAUUCUAUGAAACUGUCUGGGCAAACUAUAAACCCAACGCUGCGGAUGUUUGGCCAGUCCAUAUCAGGAGGAGUUGAUAUGGAUGGAAAUGGUUAUCCGGAUGUGACCAUUGGGGCCUUCAUGUCAGACAAUGUGGUGCUUCUAAGAUCUAGACCUGUCAUUACAAUGGACAUCUCCAUUUUCCUGCCAGCUUCCAUCAAUAUCACAGCUCCCCAGUGCCAUGAUGGCUUGCAGCAGGUGAACUGCCUCAAUGUCAUAGUCUGCUUUCGUUUUAACGGCAAACGUGUUCCAGGAGAAAUAGGUUUGAAUUAUAUCUUGACUGCAGAUGUGGCAAAGAAAGAAAAAGGCCAACAGCCCAGGGUUUACUUUGUGUCUUCUGGAGAAACAAUGGGACAGGUUGUGGAGCAGUUACAGCUGUCGUACAUGAGGGAAAAGUGUGAUCACUACCUAGCCCACGUGAAGAGACGAGUCAAAGAUGUGAUAUCCCCAAUUGUGUUUGAAGCGGCAUACAGUCUGGGGGAACAUGUGAUGGGAAAGGAGGAGAAGGAACUACCUGCUCUUAAGCCCAUUCUCCGCUGGAAGAAGGGAGAGAAGAUAGCACAGAGAAAUCAGACUGUUUUUGAGAGGAAUUGUCAAUCAGAUGAUUGUGCCGCUGAUUUGAAACUUCAGGGUAAAUUAUUGCUGUCUAGCUACCCUUUCAUCCACAUGUUUUUCCCCCCCUUCCUUCAGGAAGAGCUGGGCAUUGCUUGUGAGCUGCUGGAGUCAGACUUCCUCAAGUGCAGCGUGGGAUUUCCUUUCAUGAGAUCGAAGUCCAAGUAUGAGUUCAGUGUGAUCUUUGAUACAAGCCACUUGUCUGGGGAAGAGGAGUUUCUUACAUUCCUUGUCACGGCCCAAAGUGGAAACCUAGAACACUCUGAAUCGCUACAUGACAACACUCUCACCCUGUCUGUGCCCCUGAUGCAUGAAGUGGACUCAUCUAUCACUGGAACUGUCUCCCCGACUUCCUUUUUGUAUGGAGGGUCUGUGGAAAGAUCCAAUUUUGUUCAGCUGGAGAAUUAUGAAUGUCUUUUUCAGCCUCUCAACUUCACUUUUCAGGUUUACAACACUGGACCAAGCACACUCCCCGAAUCUUUUGUUGACAUUUUGUUUCCUAACCGCCUCUCUGCCAGUGGGGCUGAAACUUUUCACAUUCAGCAGAUUAUGGUUGCUCAGGAGAAAGGAAACUGCUCUUUUCAGAAAAACCCUAACCCAUGUGUCAUCCCUCAAGAAAAUGACAAUAUUUUUCAUACGAUCUUUGCUUUUUUUACCAAGACUGGCAGAAAAGUACUGGACUGUGAAAGACCAGGCAGAUCCUGCUUAAUUGUACGCUGUAACUUAAGCUCACUAGCAAAAGCAGAAUCCCGCAAUAUAGAUGUUUACAUGCUGCUUAAUACAGAGAUAUUAAAGAAGGACAGUUCAUCGGUUAUCCAGUUUGUGACAAGGGCGAAGGUGAGGGUGGACACAACACUCAGGAUUGUGGAAAUGUCUAAUGGGUAUCCUGAAGAUGCAAAAGUGAUCUUUGAGGCCUUGCACAAUAUAGAGGCUCGUGGUUAUGUUGUGGGAUGGAUCAUUGCUAUUAGUUUGCUGGUGGGAAUUCUCAUCUUCCUGUUUUUGGCUGUGCUGUUAUGGAAGCUGGGCUUCUUUCGCAGGAGAUACAAAGAAAUCAUUGAGGCUGAGAAGAACAGGAAGGAGAAUGAAGAUAGUUGGGACUGGGUCCAGAAAAAUCAAUGAACUGCCAGAAAAAAGGGUCAUGUGACACACACUUGCUAGCCUAUUGGUCCUGCUCUUGUAUCUUCCAUAUGUGGAAGAAGGAAUCUUCUCCAGAUUUUUCGGAGGCCCUGUUGAUGCUGUGUUCUUCAUCAUCCUAACAAGCUAGGGAACAUAUCCUGAGGCAACCACUGCAGCCAUGUCUGGUGACUGGAGCGAUUUACAUUUCCUGUAAGAGUUGAACUUUGAACUUUGGUAACCAAGCUGCAGUGCAGAGCAAUAUUUAUGAAUCCAACAUAUGUGGUAUACCCUCAGGGGAAGACUGAUACCUAAAAGUAUUUUUAUAAAUAUAAGCUUUUUAUACUGAUUAUGUCUUUAUAUUUGUAUCAAUGUUUUAUUGUUUCUAUUGAAUAGCUAUAUAGUUCACUCAAGCACUGAUAUCUGGCUAAAACCUUGGAAAUACAUAUAUGUAUAUAUAAAUCUUAUUGUACUUUUGAACUUCAAUGCAAAAAAAAAAAAAAGACUUUCAGAUGAAACUAGCUGAAAAACCUCACAUGGCAAAUCCGCAAGGCUUGGUAAUGUAUAUAGACCAUUUAAUGGCAAUAAGCCAAAGUCUUUUCACAUUUUUUAAGCUGAAGUUGAUUUUUGAGUUAUGAGCUAAAGAACCUAAAGUAUUACUCACAUAUGAUUUUCCGCAUUUGAAUUUAUCCGUUACUAAUCUGAGUUGUGGGAAACAAUUACUCACAGCCAAGUAACAAGAAUUAUAGUUCCACAUUGCCUCUUGUAUUUCAGGAAUAUAACCUUUUGAUCACAGGGCAUAUUGCACUGAAGAAAGCAGUGAAGAAUGUCUUCCUUUGGCCAACUCUGUCUCCCACAAUCUGUAAUCCUUUGACAAUGGGCAACAAGAUACUGCAAGGAUAUAAUUGGGCCAACCACUUAGGCAUCAACUAAUUACUUUGGGUUAAAAAUGGAAUUAAUUAUAUCAAAAUUCAUGAUAUAAAAGAUGGUUUUUGAUAUUGUUAAUGGUCAUAAUCUGUUUCACACGUUGCUGUCCAAGCUAGUGAUACAUAGCUACGCGGUCUGACCAUUAUGCCUGCCAUCUAAAUUUUUAUAUAUCCAAGUUACAAGAUUGUUUACGUGAUAAUCUUUAGAAUAAUGGCUGUAUUAGAUAGAUGAGCAAAUUAGAUGUAUUUCUAAAUCUUGAGGUUUCAUAUUUGGAUGCUUUUAAUACAAACUAUCAUUCUUCAUCUAGUAUUAAAAACGGAGUUGAAUUCUGGCACAGGCCUUGCUAAAAUGCAGACCCACACUCUCAAAUAAUUCUGUAGCAGAUUUCUUACUGGCUGGAAGAAACUUCGUGCUAAUGUUCAUAGAAAGAGCUGUUUGGUGUCUGACUAGAAAUAGUGCUACUGGUACACCACUUGUUUAUAGAUGUGAUUGGUCUGCUUCUGCUCUGACAUUUCAGCAGCGUACAGCAGGAGUAAUUACAUUGAUAUGCUGCAGGGCCAGCUCCAGGCACCAGUGCUACAAGCUGGUGCUCGGGGCAGCCAAUGGAAAGGGGCAGCACGUCCGGCUCUUCGGCGGCAAUUCGGCAGCUGGUCCCUCAGUCCCUCUCGGAGGGAAGGACCUGGCGCCGAAUUGCUGCCGAAAAAUGAAGCUUGGGGCGGCAAAAACUCUGGAGCCGGCUCUGAUAUGCUGGUAUAAAAUCAAUAUAAGGGAGAGAAGAAUCAAGCCCCAUGUGUUAGAAGGAGAUGAAAAAGGAGCAAGAUCAUAACUGGUGUCAUACUGCGGCAUGAUGAAAGAGUACUGCAGGAACACUGAAGACUUGAAUGCAAAGAAUAAACAAGAAAUCUGCAUGAGUACUUGCCUGAUCCUUACACUUGUAAAGAGGCAUUUUCUUUGCAAAUUCUCUAUCAUUUCCAACUACAAAAUAUGAAUCGUGUCCAUACUCAUGCAUUUUUUAUGUGCCCCUUAUUAUUUGGAUGCAGGUUGAUACUUUAUGUAGCAACUGUAUCUAUCUUAACCUCUAGGAAAGGAGACAGAGAUAAUGUUGUAUCCACUCAAAAUUUGUCACUGAAGGGCCUUCUUAUCUACGUCAGAUUGGAAGUAUGGUCAACUGCCUUUCCCAAAAUGAUGACAGAAGUAUAAAUAGGACAGAUGUAGGUCUUGUCUACCCUUACAGCACUGCAGCAGCUCAACUGCACUGAGAUACUCCACCUCCCCAAGAGGUGUCUACACCAGGGGGUUAGGUCAGGAUAACUACGUCGCUCCGGAGUGUGGAUUUUCCACACCCCCAGGUGACGUAGUUAUACUGACAUACGUUGGUAAUGUAGACCAAGCCUCAGUGUAGCAAAUGACCACGUAGCCAGAACGUGAAAGGAUCCAGUAAUCAAGAACAUUGCUAUAAUCAUGUAUAACAAGCUACAAAUUAUUUUUAAUGAGCACAAAGCCAAAGGAUAAUUGUCUCCUAUUGCACUAUUUAGCAUCCUAGACUUGAGCCAAAUUCAUCCCUGGUAUAAUUCCACUGAUUUCAAAGUACUUUUUCCAGGAGUGUAUUUGGCUCAGUGUGUCUGUUUGUACUGAUAAAGUACUGAAGAAGGCUACAGACUCUGAAAGGUGUUUUGUUGUAAGGGACUGGAUAAAAGAGAGAGAAUAGGUGCAGUAUAAGGGAUUGCCUAGGUCAAGUCAAGAUAUGGAGGAAAGGAGAGAGAUCCUUAUUUAUAAUAAAGAUAUUUAAUAUGUGUCUUGACUCAUACAAAAUGACGUUGUUUGGCUAGAUUAGUGACAAUAUACCAUAAAUACUCAAUAAAAUCAUAGAGGAUCUCAGCUGCUGUGUGGUGUUAGAUAUUUUGUGGUUCAGAUGUCACAAAAGGUUUAGUUUUUCUAUAUGAGCUCAUCAUGAAUUUCCCUAUCAGUUUCUUGGCACGGUCCACUGUGACUGCUCCCUAGUUCCACUUAGGAUGGUAAGAUUUAAUCAUGAAAUACCCUAGGACAGAGCAUAUUUAAAAAUAGUAUAUUCAAAUUGCAUUAAACCUACAGGUUUUGAUCAAGUAUCAGUUGGUUUUAAUCAACUUCUGAUAAGAAAACCAAACCCUUAUGAAAAUGUAGUACACUUGAAAUAUGUAUAUAAAGUAGAUGUGUGCUAAAGGUGUGCUGUUUUUUCACAAGGGAGCACAAAGAUAUAAAUCACUUACGGCUGUUUCUGCCAUGUUCAGGGUGCCCCCCAAGCACCCUUGACUCUCCUUUACAGUCAGAGGAAGAUUUGAGACAAAACUCAGUGAAUAAAAUUCACCUCUGGGCAGAGGGUAGUGUGGGGCCUAUGCACUGCUUAAUACCUACUGAAUCCCUGUCUUGAGCGAAUAAGUGAUAGAGUGCAUAGGUCUUGCCUUAGGGCAAGGGUGAUGGGGGAAGAGACGAUUUCUUAAACGCUGCAGGAAUGGCACCCAAUAUAAAGGGUAACAAAAUCCUUACACUUUGAAAUGUCAACAAAUAGUGAAGGACCCUCUUUGAAAUCAAGAAUGUUCAGGUAAAUUGAAUUGACAAAAGCAGCAAUGACUCUAAGUGCAAAGGCUGCAUUUGAUAAUGCUUAGUGCCAUCUUUCUUUGAAUGUCUUCUGUUUAUGGGCACGUUUUGGAAUCUUGCACAAUUUUCAUGCAUGAUAUUAUCUAUGUGACAUGGGAAUAUAUAUGUUGUUUUCACUAAAGGAUUUAAGGGAAUCAUAGACCUAACUUCUGCCUUCAUUUAAAUUCAUACACUCAGUGGGAUUGCUCGGAUGUAAAUGAGGGUAGGAAUUGGCUCACAUUGUACAUUGAUUAAACUGGCAUAAAGAGUGUAACUGCUUUGGAGCAUGAAAUUGCAUAUACAGCGGGGUAUCUGCCCCAUUUUCACUUUUUUUUUUCUUCUUAACAUUUCACUCUUUGUGUAUUGCAAAAUUGUAAAAAAUGUUGUGAAUUUUUGGUGGAAGAACGUGUCUCACUAUUAUCAAUGUCACCUGUAUUUAGAAGCUAUGUGUGCACCUGUAUUCUGAUUCACUUGCACUGUUUUGGAAAUGUCAGGUUUACAAAACUACAACUUUUUUUUUUUUUUGGAAUAAAAAGUGGCUACAAAAUUA